AUGGCGCCUGGGGUUUUACAAAAUGGUGGAUUUAUUCUAGGUUUGAUUGGUGCAAUAGCCCUCAUAGCAGCCACUGCCAUGAACAAGUGGAGCGUUAAAGACAGACAGGGGGAUGUGGUGACGUCUGUUUACACCUACAAGGGUCUGUGGCAGGACUGUGAGACGGCUUCAUCUGGAUUCACCGAGUGUCGCCCACUCUACGGCCUCCUGGGCUUCUCAGGUGCCUUUCAGGCGGUGCGAGCUCUGAUGAUAGUGGGUGUGGUGCUGAGCGUACUCGGGGCAGUGAUCUCCAUUUUCUCCCUGAAAUGUCUUACGAUGAACAGCAUGGAGGACAGGACCAAGGCCAAGAUGAGCCUUACAGCGGGCAUCAUGUUCAUUAUUGGUGGUGUGUGUGGAAUUGCAGGAGCAUCGAUCUAUGCCAAUCAGAUUGUGGCCAGUUUCAGGGUCUCCACCAAUAUGAACUAUGGAGGAGGCUACGGAGGAGGAAUGGGGGGAAUGGGAGGAGGAAUGGGAGGAAUGGGGGGAAUGGGAGGAGGAAUACCCACAUACACGUUUGGCCCUGCGCUGUUUGUUGCCUGGAUAGGAGGGGGUGUCCUGAUUAUCGGGGGUGUCCUGAAGUCUCUGGCUUUCAGGGAUAUGGUGAAAGAUGACAAACCAAGCUACCCAGGCGUAGUUUACAAACCUCAGACCAGAACCAAAUCUGAUCCUGGGGAUCGUCAUCCAGAGAAACCACAGCAUUACGUGUAA